CAUAAAAAUUGCUAAGGAAUUUCAAUAUGGCCACGGAUUGAAUUGUGUUGUGUUAACGCGAUGUGAGUUUUGUUUUUAGUAUUCAAUUGUGUUGUGUUUAUUUAAAAAAAAUUAAAUUUGGUAAAAAUAAUGCCAAAACGGCAGAAAAAUGGUGAACUUCCUUUGCCUGACGGUUGGGAUAUUGCUACGGAUUUUGAUGGCAAAGUUUACUACAUUGAUCAUAAUUCCAAAAAGACUACUUGGAUUGAUCCAAGAGACAGGUACACAAAACCUCAAACAUUUGCUGAUUGCGUCGGUGACGAACUGCCACUCGGCUGGGAAGAGUCUUAUGAUCACGUUAUCGGUCGAUAUUAUAUCAAUCAUGUCAUACAAUCAACGCAACUCGAAGAUCCCAGACAAGAAUGGAAGAGCAUACAGGAACAGAUGCUUAGAGAAUAUCUCACAUCAGCACAGGACGUAUUGGUGGCGAAAAAAGAAAUCUACGAUGUUAAACAUCAGCGAUUGUUGCUGGCACAAGAUGAAUAUGACAUAUUGAAUGCGCUAGCAGCUAGCAGAAAUAGUUUGUCGUCAUCAUCGAGUUCCAUUAACACAAGACAUGAUCCAGAAGUACUGAAGGCAGAAUUGGCAAUAUCCAAAGAACGGAUUUGGAGAUUGAAGCGGGAAUUGUUACAAAUCACUUCCGACAUUUCAUAUACACAGAGAGGAGUGGAUACGUUAUACUCGGUCGAGCAAAAGUUAAAUGCACAUGAGAAUGGGUGCUACAAUAUAUCCGAAGUUCAAGCAAUCAGGGAGGAAAUGAUGAAAGUACAAAAAAGUCUGGUGUCCGGGGAGAAAGUGAAAGACGAAUUGAUGAAAAGUUUGGCCCAGAUCAAAAACGAACUAAUCGGAUCGCGUCAAAUGGGCUCACGGCAAUUCUGCGAUCCGAAUAUGGGUUAUCUGGAUCGCAUCUGUGUGGCAUCGCAAACGGAUUUGUGUUCGGAAAAUUUGCACAGUGGUGCUCGAUUGGCCGAAAUGGCUAAAACGAAAUUACAGUACGGUGAAUGGCGGAAACGAAUAAAACAGUUGCAGCAACAACUGGCCGAUCAUGUGGAAAAGAUCGAACCCGGCCAAUUGGAAUCGGAUAAAGAUAGACUGCUGCUCAUACAGGAGAAAGAGAAAUAUUUGAAGGAGCUGCAGAGCAUUCCCACAUCUUCCAAAUCAAAAAUGGAAGUGCUGACGAUUCAAGAAGCGUGUCGGAAAUUAGAAAUAGAUUUGAACAAUGCCUACGAAUUAUCGAACCAAUGCAUAGCGAAUCGCUUGAAAUUGCACGAGGAGAAACAGAUUCUAUUGCAACAGCUUCAAGACGCAUUGAAAUCGACAAAAAUGCUGGAGGAACGACUAAAGUCAUUUUCGUCUGCCAGCACAUUUUCCAUUAGCAGCGGUUCCAGUUUAGGAUCCCUAUCGACAGCUAGUAGCAAAAAUUCAUUAAGUGCAUUAAGCUUUACCGACAUCUACGGUGAUCCACUAUCCGUUGCCCAGCAAAUGGACAUGAGCGAAUUACAUAUGCGAACGCAACGGCUUUCACAUCCAUCGGAGGUGUCGCUGUCGCCACGAAGUAGUUUAUCUGUCGAAACACCACCGGCCUCUCCAAUGAAAGACUGUGAUUCGACAUUGGAAGAGCCGACCUACGCAAAUACCCGAAAUUUUGCACUGCCAACACAUUUGGACAAUGCAGCGUUUGAUUGUGUUCGUUUGGAGGAGCGCUUAAAUGAAUUGGAUAAGCAGUCGUUGCUCGGUCCGCCACUGUCGCCCAUUUAUGAAAAACCCUCACUAUUGGAUCUUCCACACCCCCUAAUAAGUCGCACAUCAUCUACAUCAAACACCCGUUCUGUAUCAGCCGCUGUUAGUAAUGAAUCUGUAGCUGGUGAUUCCGGUGUAUUUGAAGCAUCUCGAGCUAUAAUGCCAAAUAAAGAAUCUGCACAAGUACAAAUAGCAUUAAAAUAUCUAAAAAGUGAAUGCAUACUACACGUUACAAUCGAAAGAGCGCGCAACCUUACUGCCCUUUGUCCUCCAGAAAAUAGUUACAUAUACUUAUUAGCCGCUCUACUACCAAACGCACAGCCGGUGCGCACGAAUCUAGUUUGUGACUUUCAGAAACCCGUUUUUGGGGACAGUUUCUUUAUGCCAAUACCGCUGAACAAAAUCUACACGAAAACACUUCAAAUCAAUGCGAUGAGCGUUUUAGGACAUCGUGAAGAGAUUAUUGGCUCUGCUCAAAUCAGCCUAGCCGAAUUCAACAUUGAGGAUGCAACUCUCAAAUGGUACAACAUUCUGAGCUUCCGCUUUUAUCAAAAUCUAGAAACUCUUGAAGUGACUGGAGCUUGCAAAGAAGAAUCAUCGGACGAAUCGACGAUCAUUUCGUCGCAGACUUCAACAUUAACAAGGAAUCAAGGUCAAGAGGAGAUGCUUGAAAUAGGAUUAUUAAACAUUGAUGACAGACCGUACAACAUAGAUAAUGACGAUGACAGCAGAGUGGACGAGAAUGAAUCUACAGAGCAAAUGAUCGCCGCCUACAUGAACGAAGUUCAGAAAUUCACACCGGAAACGGUGGACAAAGAAACAAAUACCGAAUGUGCCUUUUUGCCCGAAAAACAUCGAAACCGUUUCAUGGACAAGCCAACAAAUUCGUCCAGCGACACGUUCGACGAACGCGUUGUGAAACGAUCGCAAACGUUUUCGCCGAGCGCUGUUGUCAGCAAAAAUCGUUACAUUUGUCGGCUGAAUCGCAGUGAUUCGGAUUCGGCAAUGCACUUUGGUGGUCUGUCGGUGCAACAUUCCUUUCAGCGCGGUGCAGCCGAACGCCGAUCGUUGCGAUAUCACCACAAGGGUCCGAAAUUGGCGUCGCAAAAAAUGCAUCCGAUGAUAUCGAGAACGAGCUUGGACCUUGAAUUAGAUUUACAGGCGCAGCACACAAAGCUGGACACGUUGAACGAUGAAAUAUCGAAAUUGAAAGAACUGAAGCAGAGACUUGAACAAGCUGUUGAUAACAAAGACCAAAAAGUAGCCGUAUGGGCAGUCGAAAAUGAAGAUUUUCAACGGUUGGUUGAGAGUGUAGAAACCAACAAUGCACCCGAAGAUAAGAAAAUGCAAAAACUAUUACAUAAAACGUCAAAAGAAAUCCACAAAUUACGACGAACUCGCUUGCCUAAGGGUCAACCGGAUUUGUUUAAUUUCAAAGAAAAAAUGGCAUUUUUCACUCGAAAAGGUUUCACUGUGCCGGAACUGCCACACGAAGGUACACUGACCGAAGAGCCCGAGGAGCCGUACUGUUCACAAUCCUCAGCAUCAUCACAAAACCGCCAAUUGAGUCGAAUAUCAUCGUCGAACCAUAGCGAUGAGGGAAGUGAUGACGAAUCGAUUGAAUCAACACCACCAACGGCAGCAACAGCAGCAGUGGUAGUAGCGCCACCAACAACAUCAACUAGUACCGCAACACAUUCGACGAGUGGUGUAUCAUCGGAAACAACAAAAGUGGCACAAACCGAUGCAACGGAGAGGGAAAAAUUCGAUUAUGUUGUUGAUCGAACUUAUGGAGUUGAAGUCUGAAAAAAAACAUUUUCAAAUUUAGGUAAAAUAAUUUAAAGGAAAAGCAAAAAUAUUUUUCGCUUUUUAAAAUGGAAUUGAAACGAAGGUAAAAAAACAAACAAACCAACAAAACACACACAAAAUGGACGAAAAAAAUGGAAAUUUUUUUAAAAAAACAAAUUAAUAAAUGUGCCUUAAGAUAUAAAUAGCAAUUAAUAUAUGAAAUUUAGUUAGGUCUAUCGAUUUAUAUAUUUUAAAGAAACAACAAAGAAAAUUUUGCAACAUUUGCCGAUUGAGCGGAUUUUUUUAAAAUUAUUUUUUAAACGAAAUGAUUGUUAUAAGGGCGCUACACUAGCAGUCAACUGCCAUUAGUCUACAUGAAUGCUAUUGGCGGCAAUAGCUUCAAACUUCCAAAAUUUCACUUAACUAUAGCGGUUUGGGGGGAAGACUGGAAAGUCAAAUUAUUCAAACUUAUUAGCUUUCCCGGGCUUUGUCACUCACGACAAUAGUGAGCACUAAAGCAGAAGAAACGCCUCAGAACGUAAUAGCCACAGAUAGAAGUUGUCGUCCAGUGGUUCCAUUAUUACUCUUUGGCUAGACAGCAUUGAUUUAAUUCGUUUAGCAAAGCUCUCAAAAAUGGGCAAUUUUAUCAGCUCAACUGAACCGUUUUGGUUCAACAAAUAGGUAGCACGUGGAACUUUUCGUUGGUUCAACUGAAUUCUCCCUUUGGUAGAGAAAUAAAACAAGUUAAUUGCCAAUAGUGUUUCGUACCUACUGGACCACAUCGGGUGGGACAAUAGAAAUAUUUUAUUUGAAAAUGAACUUUUUCGCUGAGUGUUCUGACAUUUUUAUAGAUUUUUUGAGCUGAAUCGCCAAAAAUUAAACUUACUAGAGUCAUGCUAAUCGGAUCGUAGACUAAAUGUCUCAGGUCGUCCACUCACCUCUGCAGCGGAAACGAUACAUUGGUACAUCUAGGUGUAAUGAGCGAAAAAAACCCGCUUCCCAGGCUUGUAUUUCUUCAACCAAUUUUAACAAAAACCAUUUCAGAUGAAAGGAAAUGAUUGUUUAAAGGGCGAUCAUAAUACUGCAACAUUUAUCGAAAAUAAACGGAUAGAGAAUGUGGUUGUCAACUGCUAUCCUUUGACAUAAAAAGAAUUAUUUUUGUUUAUUGCAGAAAACAUUCAUGAAAAUCGUUAACUAAUUUCGCUAAUUACAUAUGUGCCUUAUAUACGAGACAAUCAUAAAAUAACGAAAUUCUAAAUUCUAAAUCAUUUGAUUAGUAAACGAUUUUCAGGUGUGAUUUUGUUUGCAUUAAAUGUGUGAAGGAAUGAGAGAAGAAUAAAUAAAAAACCUGAUAGAAUGAACCUCCAACCAUAAGGAAUUAUAUUGCUGACGACGUGGAUCCGCUACGAUUGUGUUGAAAUGAAUUAACCUGAAAGGUGAUUUGAGAAGAAUGGAAUGGAGAAAAUAAAUCAAUGAAAAUGAACAGACACGUAAGUUAGGAUUUUUCUUUUUUGUUUAAAUAGCUAAGUGUUAGAGUGAUCUUAAGCAGGCAGAAAAUGAAUUUUGGUUUUCUGCUUGUUAAGAGUCGGCAAUUUCGGUUUUAUACAAUCAAAUUUUAAAGUGCAAUUAAAUUAAAUGAUUAAGAGGUCCUUUUUUGGUUGUUGAUUAAAUGAUGAUGAUGAAGAUGAAGAUUUUUUUUUAUUAUUUUAGUUAGUUCAAUCAACCAGCAAAUAAUUAUUUUGAGAAAAGCGCUGAACAUAAUUGAAAUUAUUAAUUAAUUUUUAGAAUUUUUUUUUAACUUUCCAUCAGAUGAAACUUUUUUUUUUGUUUAAUUUGGUUUUUUCCUCGUGUAAAAUAAUGAAAGAGAAUGCAGAAAAAGUAAUAGAAAAAAAGAAAAUUAAUUUGAGAGAAUAAACGGAGAUAAAAGGAGAGAACUUUUUAUUUAAUUUUAUUAUGAGAAUAUACUGCCUUGUACGUUAAUGCUUUCUAGGUAUAGUAAUUUAUAAUUAUAUUAAUUUAUACAAUUUAUUUCUAAAUAUAAAGUAUUUCUAUAUUUUUUUAUUCAAUUAGACACGGCUAUUGUAGUAGGAAAUAUUUACAAUUUUUUUUAACUUUUUUUUUGAAACAAAAUACUUACUAAAUUUGCUUUAGAGAAGAUAAAAAAAAAACUUUUGUAUAUUCGGAAAUGUUGGAAUUGUCGCAUGAAAUACAAUAAUUAGGUUAGAGCGUUUUUUGUUUAAAGAAAUCGACGCAGAAUUUUCAAUUCAAAACAAAAAACCGGAAGCAUUUCAAUUGACGACGUAAUUUGUCAUCGCGUUUACAUGAAAUUUUUUACGAAAACACUGAUUUGACAGUGUAAUACGAAUCGUAAUAGUGCUGUUGCUACAUGUAUUGUUCAAUGCCAGAAAAAAACACAAUAUGUGAACACCCGUCAGUAUUUAACAACGACGUUAAAUUUCACUCUUCGAUACACUGCCCGAAACUAGCCUCCAGCCAACGCACUUCAAGCAAAAGUGAUCAUAGUCGUCAGCUGCCAAGUAGAGUUCUAUUUUGUGUGAAAUGUUUUUUUUACAGUGUUUGACACUGUUCAGUAUCAGUACCCUAUUUAGAGUACCACUUGAGGCUAUAAUAAAUUUGCCCGGUUAUGUUCACUGUUCAGGAUUAGCAUGAGUAUAACGUGGGUGAAACAAUUUUUUCAACGCACUUUCUGAAUGCAGGGCUUUGGCAUGGAUAGUUUUCGGCCGUCGCAGCAACACUGCGUUUAAUAAAUACCAUUUGUUGCAGUUCAGUGAGUCUCUGACGUAUAGCGCCUGGUGAUACUUUAAUGAGCUGAGCAGUGAUGCAUUAACAAGUAUGUAAUGUUAUUCGCAUUAAGGGAGAUAUGUGAGAAUUUUCUAACAGUUGGUGAGAAAUUCUGUUACCUGCCAGGCUGUAUUUAUUUUCCUCCAUUCGCGCUCAAUGCUUUCCUUUUCCAUUGGUUUAUAAACGGGUUGAAAGAUACGCUCAAAAAGAGAAAUUGCUAUUCCUGGUACAGAGCCCCACAGUAUGGUGUUCGAAAUUAAUAUUGCAAGUUCGUUUGCUGUUUCGAUACACUAGGUAUAAUUGAGUGAAAGAACCAAGCUGAGUGUAGUGUGCCAUUUCUUGGAUAAUGAAUUUAGCACUUCUCUAGACUGAAUUGCCAGGAAUACAUUUAACUGACAGAGGUUUAAUCUAUCAACUGAUUUAAAAUCCAAAUUUUUCAUCGUCCAGAUUUCGGUGGACCCGUCUUCGUGAGUGUCUUUAAUGUGCACUUUCAAAACUUUAAUUAAAUCAGUUUAAUGUGGCAUGUAUUGAAAUGUAGUUUUAUAUUCAAAAGAAUGAUUCUGCGUCAAAAGAAAAUAAUUUGUAAAAUGUUUCUAACCUGAUUAAAGUGAAAAAUGGACGACAAAAAUUUAUAUACAGAUGGAAACGCAAAUUUCAAUUCGUUUGGUUAUAUAUUUUACAAAUCUGACCUAACCAAUCGGAUCAUUUUUGGCUUUUUAACAUUAAAACAUGAAAAUUUUAUAAAAAUUAUUUUGAAAAGAGGAAACAAAAUUUGAUAAUUUUCUAAAUUUAAAAGAUGAAGUGAAAAUGUUAUUCAAAAACGAUGAAAGAAAAUGAUGAGGAAACAAUUGUUGCUCAAAAGAACAAGGUAAAUAAAAAAUAAUAAUUUUUAAACAAAAAUGAAAACACGAAAAAUAAUAACUUUUUUCGGUAAAAAGAGUAAAAUGUGGAAGGGUGGUUUUUCAUCUCAUUUUCUAAAUUUGAAGAUAGUCAAAAUUUAUACGUUAAAAAAAGUCAAUUUGUUUAUUUUUCUAGUGCGUUACAUUUAUGUUAUAAAAUAAAUGGAAAAUUUUAUAAACGAAUUUAAUGUAAAGUUAAUAUAUCAAGAGAAAAAAAUAA